AUUUCUCCCCAGCCAGGCCUUUGUAUCGGCGGCUCCUGUGAACGAAAAACAAAACAUACAGAGAGUCUGUGUGCUACUCGGGCAAGGUGUCAUUCCCUACAUCUUGCACGGCACGAGUUCAGCUACAGCGCCGAGGAAGGGACGGACGAUCGACAGACGGGCGAGCGGCGUGGACUCACAGGGAUUAGUGUACAACUACCGUACAACCUCACUUACAUUGAUAACCUCUGGCCAUGAUUCUCCAGCACCUCAAUAGUUUGUCUACCAAGCACAUUAUCUUGGCCAGCUCGUCGCCUAGGAGGAAGGAAAUUUUGCAGAAAAUAGGACUGAAAUUUACAGUUGUUCCUUCAGACUUUGAGGAGACACUAGACCCCAAGACCUACAGUAGUCCAGACCAAUUCGUGAUUGCCACUGCUAAGGGAAAGGCAGAAGAGGUUGCCAAAAGACUGAGUCAGCCAGAGUCAUCCAUUCACCCAGACCUGGUCAUUGGGGCAGACACUUGCAUCAGCCUUGAAGGGCAGGUAUUUGGCAAGCCCAAGAAUGUGGAUGAUGCUGUCUCAAUGCUCUCUAGGUUUAGCAGUAACAGCCAUGAGGUGUUGACUGGAGUCUGUAUAUUGAUGUGGCGCAGCGCUGGUGAUGAUGGUGGCCGCUGGCAGGAGAUUUGCUUCAGUGAGACUACUGAGGUUCAGUUUGCCAAGCUGACACAAGAUGUGAUAAAGGCCUAUGUAGACAGUGGAGAGCCUCUGGACAAGGCUGGCGGGUAUGGCAUCCAGGGGCUUGGAGGCACCCUGGUGGAGGGCAUCAGGGGGGACUACUACAAUGUGAUGGGCUUCCCCCUGCACCGCUUCUGCAAACACCUUUCUCAAGCCCUGGCCGGUGAGGAACCUGCUUCCUAACCCCAAGCAGCGGAGGCUGAGUGGUUAGCGGGCGGGCAACGCAUUUACCACGCCAUGAACAACGUCAGUUUGAAUCCCCACGCUACCACCUGGGAUUUUUCAGUCACCGCCGAGUGGCUCAAGACUACCCACAUGCUGUCCAGAAGACCACCCAUCACCCCAGACUCUAGAAGAAACCGUCCAAGUGAAUCAAGAAUGAGUUCCGGGGGGCAGCAUGAGCCAAGCAUAACUGGCGCCACUAUAAAUAUUGCCUGCACCGUGACGGGCUUGGGCCGACCACCUGGCCCCUGAAGAAAGCCUACUGGAGAUGUAAUAAAAAAAAAAAAAGACAUAUCCGUAUAUCAUUAUUCUUCAAGGAUCUCAGUGUACUUUUACUCCACCAUGACAUAGAUUUAAAUAUUUUUUUUACAAUGUUAAAGCUUUAAAUGAUGUAGGAGCUAACAAAGGCUGCUUCUUACUUCUAAUUGACUGCCACUGGAAUAGCCUCUGACAGUUCUUGAAACAAAAAACAUAUAAAAACAUCCAAAACCAAUAUAGAAGAGAAAUAAGUGAGAGUUCCCAUGUUUUAAUAUUUCAAUAAGGGAGUAUUUGGCUGUCUGUUUUUAUGAAGUGAAUGUUCUCAGGUAUAUUGCUGGACCUAAAAUAAAUGUAAACUGUA